AUGAAGAGGUUCUACGGCCUGCGCGGCCUCAAACUCAAUAUCGCCAUUGCCGUGGUGGCAGGCACUGAUUUCGCGCUGUUCGGAUAUGAUCAGGGCGUAAUGGGGGGGCUCCUCACCCUGCCAUCGUUUCUCAAAUACUUUCCUGAGAUCGAUACUAUAAAUCCCCCUGCAGGAUCUUCCUCAAGCCAUGCCGCAACAAUACAGGCAAUUACUGUUGGCGCAUACACGCUGGGAUGCUUCUUUGGCGCAGUAGCUACUAUUUGGCUGGGCAACAUCUUGGGACGCAAACGCACAAUCUUUUAUGGCUCGGUCAUUAUGAUUAUCGGUGCUAUUCUCCAGACAGCAUCGUAUGGACUGCCCCAGCUUAUUGUUGGGCGAUGGAUCACAGGCUUCGGAAACGGUAUGAACACGAGCACAGUGCCUACAUGGCAAUCUGAGACAUCAAAGCCGCAUCGCAGAGGCCAGAUGGUGAUGAUCGAGGGCUCACUCAUCGUCUUCGGUGUCAUGCUCAGUUAUUGGCUUGACCUUGGAUUUUCCUUCCUCGAACCAAGCAGUAUCGCCUGGCGCUUCCCAAUCGCCUUCCAAAUCAUACUUGCCUUCGUUGUCAUCGCUUUGAUCCCAGGACUUCCUGAAAGUCCUCGUUGGCUGGUAUUGAAAGGUCGCAAUGAUGAAGCCCUCAUUGUUCUCGCUGCGCUGAGUGAUUUACCGCCUGAAGACAAGAAGAUCCAAGCAGAGUUUCAGGCGGUGAAGGAUGUCGCCCUUGAAAUGUCAAAGGGUGGCUUCCGAGAUUGUUUAAAGAUGAACCGCAAUCGUAAUCUCCACCGUACGACGCUGGCAUACGUCAAUCAGAUGUUCCAACAGAUAAGUGGAAUCAACUUGGUCACCUAUUAUGCGGCAACUAUAUUCGAAAACUCGAUCGGGUUGUCACCUUUCCUCAGUCGGCUCCUAUCAGCUUGUAACGGUACGGAGUACUGGAUCGCAUCAUGGGUCGCCAUUUUCACGAUCGAGAAAUUUGGUCGCCGUUCUUUGAUGAUUUUCGGCGCCGCAGGCAUGUCCAUGUCUAUGGCUGUUCUCGCAGGGGCGACGUCGAACAUUGGCAAUAAAAGCUUGGGUCUGCUUGCUACGGUCUUCUUAUUCGUUUUCAACUCAUUCUUCGCAGUCGGAUGGCUAGGCAUGACAUGGUUGUAUCCUGCAGAGAUCACGCCGCUAUCAAUCCGUGCGCCUGCAAAUGCUAUCUCCACGACCGCCAACUGGGCCUUCAACUUCAUGGUUGUCAUGAUCACGCCACCGGCCUUCGCAAACAUUGGAUACAAGACAUACAUUAUUUUUGCGGUCAUCAACGCUGCCAUGGUUCCCAGUGUAUACUUUUUCUUCCCAGAAACUGCAUACCGCAGUCUCGAAGAAAUGGAUGAGAUUUUCCAUAGGACGACUAACCCUUUCAACGUCGUCAAGAUCGCGCAUGAUCUGCCCCACCGCUAUGACAAACAUGGUGAGCUUCUAGUUGACUACGGGGACACUGAAGCUGCGCAUGACGCAGAGAGGAGACGAAGCUCUGUUACCGGUGCGGAAGUCAGGCGCCCAACAGGUGGCGUGAUUGUUGGGGAAUCAGAGAAAGGUGCAGAGUACCUCGAGCAUGAGCAAAAUGGCAAUAGUCAUGCCCGCUAA